UAAAACUAAAGUCGUAAUAGAUUAGCGUUAGCAAGGCACACCAGCUGACAAGUGUGAUUUUAUUCAUUUCACCAAAUGCCCUUAAAUUGCGUUGUUCUCCUGACGUUGUUAAAUUUUGCACAUUUUUCGUGAAGAAAAAAACGAUUUAAACGAUCGGAACAUUAUUCACUGUAUUGUGUGUAUAAUUGUUGUGAUCAAAUUUUGACGAAAUUCUAUUGAAUCAGAUGAAAACGAUGACGAAUGAAACAGAAUUCGAGAGAUUGGUGUAUUCACCGACCAGCGAUGCAACCAGCGAAUCGGACAAAUUAAGUGAAUCUCGUGGUGGACGAAAUAUUCGUAAAGGUCGUAAUUCAAUCAAACAUGAAAAAAGCGAUGCACCUCGACGUAGUCAACGCAUAAGUAUGAUAAAUAAGAUUAAAAUCGAAUCAGUGUCAGAUUCAGAGCAAAACGACAUCACGAUGAAAUUGAAGAAAAGUGAUGUUAAGAGCACCGAUCUUCCUUAUUCGGAUAAAUCAAUUAGAAUUGGAAAAAUCUUGGGCGCCACAGAAAUCAAUGAUGAACUCAAAUUUGUGUUCAAAUGGACAGACGAAGAUAAACUAUCGAUUGUGUCAUCGGCAGAAGCGAAAAUGAAGUAUCCAUACGAGGUUAUGGAGUUCUAUGAAAGCCGCAUGCAAUGGGAAACAGACGAUGAAGGUGUCGAUGAUGAUGACAAGACCGACAACUACAAACGACCACUAAAACAUUAAUAGCCAAACAUUUACGACAAACAUACAGAAUGCCUUCUUUUUCAUUUAAUUUACACAGAAUUUUCAUAACCAAUAACUUUCGAUAUAAAUGGACCAGCGAAGAGAAUGAAAUUGAAUUUAACAAUAUCUAGAAUUAAUUUGAUUGCUUGAUCGAACAUGCACUGUUUUAAUCCGAUUUUUUUUUAGAAAACAAAAAAGAUUAUAAUGAAUAUGUUUUUUAUUGAAAUUUGUAAACAUACCGACUGUCAAUGACGAGAAAAUGAAAUGA